CUCAUCCCUUCCAUAUUCAUCAUGUCUUUGACUCUUGACUUUUUACUUCCUCCUCCUCCUGCUUCUUACAAGGUUGACCAACCUUUUGUCACUCAUGCUUCUGUCAGUGGUACCACCGAUCGUCUCCUUGAACCUGUUGGACAACACUUCCUCGCCCAUGCUCGCAGAAAGCGCCACAACCGUACUUUCUCUGAAGACGAAAUGCAUCAAGCCAAGGAAAAGGCUAGUCAAGUGGUUGAUGAAGAAAAGGUUGAUUUUGAAUACGAACAUGUGGAUAUCUCUACUGUCAACCAAGAUCCCACUCAAUGGAAGACGCAAGAUAACUAUGCUGUUCUUGGUUUGACCAAGCUCCGAUACCGUGCCAAUGAAGAACAAAUCAAGAAGGCUCAUCGUCGUAUGGUAUUGUUGCAUCAUCCUGACAAGAAAGCUGACAAGAAUGAUGAUGCUUUCUUCAAGUGUAUUGCCAAGGCUUAUGAUACUUUGAUGAAUCCUGUUACUCGUCGUCAAUAUGACUCUGUUGAUUUCGGUAUGACUUUGGAAGAUGAAGAUGUGCCUACUGCCAAGUCACGAGGUGAUUUCUACAAGUUGUGGCAACCUGUGUUUGAACGUGAAUCCCGAUUCUCCAACAAGCAACCUGUUCCUCUUUUGGGAGAUGAAAAUUCCACCAAGGAAGAAGUAGAAAACUUUUACGACUUUUGGUACAACUUUGACUCUUGGCGUUCAUUUGAAUGGUUGGAUAAGGAAGGUGCUGAAGGUGCUGAUAACCGAGAUGACAAGCGUUACCAAGAAAAGAAGAACCGUGCUCAACGUGCCCAACUCAAGAAGGAAGACAAUGCUCGUUUACGUACUUUGGUUGAUGUCUGUCUCAGUGUAGAUCCUCGUAUUGCCAUCUUCAAGGCUGAAGAAAAGAAACGUCGAAACGCCAAAAAGGAUGCCAAGGCUGCUGCUGAAAAGGCCGCUGCUGAAGAAAAGGCUCAUCAAUUAGAAGAAGAACGUCUUGCCAAGGAAAAGGCUGAACAAGAAGCCAAGGAAGCCUCCGCCAAUGCAAAGAAGGAUAAGGAAGCAAUCAAACGUGUCAUCAAGAAGGAAAAGAAGCUUAUCAAGAACUUGAUCAAGGAAAAUAAGUAUGGUCUUGCUGAAGAACCUAAUGCUGAUGCUAUGGAUAUUCAAUUGCUCAAGUUGGAUGACUUGUUGGCCAAGAACAAGACUGCUGAAGGUUUGGAAACUCUCCGUAAGGAAUUCGAACAAGCUCUCAAGGAUGGCAAAUUGGUUGAUGUAUUUGCUGAAAAGACUGCUUAGAUUUAGUUUGAUCUGGUUUAGUGAUUCUUUUUUUUUAAAAUAAAAAAAAAAAAAAUGGAAAUAAAGAUAUUCUUUA